GCCUGAAGGCAGCCGCGGGCAGGGCUGUGCCGGUCGCCCCGCAGCGCCCGGCGAGGGGAGACGGGGGGAGAGGGGGAGACGGCGGCGCCGCCCUCUGGAGAGAGCGGCGGGGAGAGGCUGCUGCGGAGAGCCGCAUGUCAAUGAGGGCCGGGCUAAUGCAAAUCACCGCCAGCGGCAGCAGCCGAAGAAAGGCGAAGCAGCUGCAGCCCGGGCUCCCUCCCCAACAGCCCUCUGCAGCCGGGGGAGGCGUAACAAAGGCGCCCGAGCCGCUUGCCGCGGCCGCUCCCGCGAUCGUAGCCGGGUGGUCGCCGGCGGCGGGGGGGAAGGCGCCGCUCUUCAGCCGCCUCCCAGCUCGCUUCGCCGCCGCCUCCUCCUUCCCUCCGCGCCCCGCCGGCUGGUCCGAGGGAGAAGCGCUCGUCGGGCUGCGGAGAGCAGAUUGAACUUCAAGAUGUCCUUUGGGAGAGAUAUGGAGCUGGAGCAUUUUGAUGAGCGUGAUAAAGCGCAGCGGUAUGGCAGAGGGUCCCGGGUGAAUGGUUUGCCUAGCCCUACCCACAGUGCCCACUGCAGCUUUUACCGAACCCGUACUCUACAGACCCUGAGUUCUGAGAAGAAAGCCAAGAAAGUUCGCUUCUAUCGUAACGGAGACCGGUAUUUCAAAGGGAUUGUAUAUGCCAUCUCCCCUGACCGGUUUAGAUCUUUUGAAGCUCUGCUGGCUGAUCUGACCCGAACUCUGUCUGACAAUGUGAAUCUGCCCCAGGGAGUGAGAACAAUCUACACGAUUGAUGGCUCCAAGAAGAUUUCCUCCUUGGACCAGCUAGUAGAAGGGGAAAGCUAUGUAUGUGGUUCAAUAGAACCCUUCAAGAAACUGGAGUACACGAAGAAUGUAAACCCAAACUGGUCAGUGAAUGUUAAGACAACCUCUACUUCUCGCUCGGUGCCGUCUCUUGCCACUGCUAAAGGAGGUACUCCAGAUGCAAAAGAAAAUAAGGAUUUCAUUAGGCCUAAGCUAGUCACUAUCAUCAGGAGUGGAGUGAAACCACGGAAGGCAGUCCGGAUUCUCCUUAACAAGAAGACAGCGCAUUCAUUUGAACAGGUUCUUACUGAUAUAACUGAUGCCAUCAAGCUGGAUUCAGGGGUGGUCAAACGCUUGUACACACUAGAUGGAAAACAGGUGAUGUGCCUUCAGGAUUUCUUUGGCGAUGAUGACAUUUUUAUUGCAUGUGGACCGGAAAAGUUCCGUUACCAGGAUGACUUCUUGCUGGAUGAAAGUGAAUGCCGGGUGGUGAAAUCUACUUCCUAUACCAAAAUAGCUUCAAGUUCACGUAGGAGCACCACCAAGAGCCCGGGUCCAUCCCGACGCAGCAAGUCUCCUGCUUCUACCAGCUCAGUGAAUGGAACCCCUGGUAGCCAACUUUCUACUCCCCGCUCUGGGAAGUCUCCAAGCCCAUCUCCCACCAGCCCAGGAAGCCUACGGAAACAGAGGAGCUCCCAACACAGUGGCUCCUCUACCUCAUUAGCAUCCACCAAAGUUUGCAGCUCUAUGGAUGAAAAUGAUGGACCUGCAGAAGAAGUGUUGGAGGAAGGUUUCCAGGUUCCAGCAUCGAUAGCAGAGCGAUAUAAAGUUGGAAGGACUAUAGGAGAUGGAAAUUUUGCUAUUGUGAAGGAGUGUAUAGAAAGGUCAACUGGUAGAGAAUAUGCUCUGAAAAUAAUCAAAAAAAGUAAAUGUAGAGGAAAACAUCCCAAUAUUGUACUUCUGAUUGAGGAGAUGGACAUGCCAACCGAGUUGUACCUCGUCAUGGAACUUGUAAAGGGAGGAGAUCUGUUUGAUGCUAUUACUUCCACCAACAAAUACACAGAGCGGGAUGCCAGCGGGAUGCUUUACAAUCUGGCCAGUGCCAUCAAAUAUCUUCACAGCCUGAACAUUGUCCACAGAGAAUCAAGCCAGAGAUCUCCUGGUAAUGUCUUGGUUUAUGAACACCAAGAUGGAAGCAAGUCUCUGAAGUUAGGAGACUUUGGCCUAGCAACCAUUGUGGAUGGACCUCUCUACACUGUUUGUGGGACCCCAACAUACGUAGCUCCAGAAAUCAUUGCUGAAACUGGAUAUGGCUUGAAGGUGGACAUCUGGGCAGCGGGCGUGAUUACUUACAUCCUGCUCUGUGGUUUUCCUCCGUUCCGUGGAAGUGGAGAUGACCAGGAAGUGCUUUUUGAUCAGAUUUUGAUGGGACAGGUGGAUUUUCCAUCUCCAUACUGGGACAAUGUUUCUGACUCUGCAAAGGAACUUAUCACAAUGAUGCUUCAAGUAGAUGUAGAUCUGCGGUUCUCAGCCUUGCAAGUUCUUGAACAUCCAUGGGUUAAUGAUGAUGGCCUUCCAGAGAAUGAACAUCAGCUAUCAGUAGCUGGGAAGAUAAAGAAGCAUUUCAACACAGGCCCUAAACCGAACAGCACAGCAGCUGGAGUUUCUGUCAUAGCACUGGACCACGGGUUUACCAUCAAGAGAUCAGGGUCUUUGGACUACUACCAACAACCAGGAAUGUAUUGGAUAAGACCACCGCUCUUGAUAAGGAGAGGCAGGUUUUCCGACGAAGACGCAACCAGGAUGUGAGGGGACGAUACAAGGCACAGCAAGCUCCACCUGAACUCAACUCCGAAUCGGAAGACUAUUCACCAAGUUCAUCCGAGACUGUUCGCUCACCUAAUUCACCCUUUUAAUAAAACACUUUUACUCAAAAGUCUUGGCUUUAACCCUUUGAGACCCUGAAAAUCCUUCAGACCUGUAUGGGGUGAUUACAUCCGAUUUAUCCAGCACUAACUGGUGGGAUGGUGGAACACAAAAGGGUGCUUACGGAAUCUAUGUAAGACUAAUUUCCUAAUUGAUUGAAACACUUGUUCUCUGUUUAGAUUGCAACUUGCUGCUAACAUGAUCCUCAAAGGGUUAAGGCUAUUUUGCUUUUUUAUUUCAAGAUAGAAGCAGUGAAUGUUUUCAUCAGUGAAGCUAGGAACUGCAGUAUGUAAUUUUAGCACAUGUUAACCCUCUGAGUAAAUGGUCAACUUAAAUCUUGACAGCCCACAUUAGGGCUUUAUUCUGGCUUUUUUGCUUUUUUACACACAUAUCUUUUAUGGUACCCUAAAGUUCCUUGCUAGUUGCUGGCCAAAACAAUAUCUAAUACACUCUCACUUACAAGCUUUAAAAAUGAAAAUAAAGUGAAACCAACAGUAUCUUCCACUGCAGCUCAUUCUAAACCUGCAUUAUACGUCCAUAGAAAAUUGACUGUUGUUGGAAGAUACUGUGCAGAAUAAAUGGGAAAUUCAGUUCAGGGCAGCCUCAAAGUUUACAGAAGAUGACAUGAUGAUGGCCACAAAAGGUUGCUUCCAUAUCGUUUACUACUAAUGACAAUGCAGUGUCUUGGGAAAUGGCUUGAGGAUAUGUUCUGUCAUGUGAUGGUAUGUAAUGAUCUGGCUGAGAAGUUCCUGGAUCCUUUGCCUCACAUUCAAAAAUGUACAGACAUCCUCUCAACAUUACCUGAUUAUUCCAUAGAUAGCCACAGUUAUUGAUGUGGCAAGAGUUAAAGAUUAAAAUUGAGAAUUACCCUUAAAAUAGCUAGAUUAUUUCUAAAUUGGGGAAGACAAAAGUCAUUUAAUAUAUAUGUAAAGCCUAACCUGCGUUAGUGAAAGUUUUGUCUGAGAGUGGAUAAACUAAAAGACUCAGUUCUAUUUGUAAUAUCUAAUAAAACGGGCAUUUACACAGAAUAUACAUAUUUUUGUUUGUUAAAACCUCAACAUAGCAUUAUAGCAUUUUCUUUAACUAUUAUCGUAAAAUUGGCGUCCACAGAAAUACUACGCUUCGUAGACUUUUGCUUCAAAUGUGAUAGUUUGAAAGAAAAAUGGUUAUAAAUUCACUCCAAAUUCCACUGGAAUGAAAAAUGCAGCUUCCAAAAUCCUAUUCUAAAAUAAAAAAUAACAUUAAAUUUAUACUUUAUCUUAUUACUCGCAUAAAAUUGACAGUAUUUCAUGUUUUCCUCUCUAAGGUUAAAAUUUUGUCAUGGUGUUUUUAAAGAGUCAUAAAAAUGUGGUUUCCUCUUUCUUCCUACCUCUUUUCCCCUUUUUUCUCUUUCCUUGGCCCUCUCUCUUUCAUAUCUUAAAAAUAGAAAUAUCAAUAUGCUGCCCAAAAAGAUAUGCAGACUUUGCUGAUCUUGCUGGGAAGUAUAAAUAAAGUUUGGAGGAACAGGGCAAGUUGCAUAUAGUGCAGUUUCUGUUCUGAGUUGUGUUUGCACAUGGAGCUAUUACUACAAGCAGUUGUGGCACUGAACGCGUACCUGCAGCUUGUUGGAUCUGGUGUAAUGCUCUUUUUCAUUUCUAGUUGGAAGUAUCAAGUGAAUCGUACUUUAAAAAACACUGAAAUUGUUUUGUUUCUCCAUCCUUUAAAAUGCAUCUUUCAUUGCCUACAUCAUGAAAAUUUGUAUAUUAAAAGCUUUGAAGAUUUUGGAUACAAGAAUUUCAUCUUGUGAAUCUUCACACAAGUGAUACAAGUAUUUCAUACAGAAUGCAAUUAACUUCACCCAAUGUUAAACUAGAAGUGAGACAUUUAGUGUUAAUUAGAUCUCCAGCCUUCCUUGGCAUACAGGGAGAUGAACAUUUCCAGGUUUGAUUCAUCCCACCUGUCAUGGGCACACAUUUUAGGAAGUACUCAUGCUUUGGUUCACCUAUUGCUCCCACUCCUUUGAGUAUAGAAGGAAGCACUGGUAGAAGUUUACAUCAGACACCAAACUUCAGGUUAUUGAGUUUAGUAAGACAAAUCUCACCCUAAGUCAUUAGGAGACUGAUCUCUGAAUACACACCCACGGUCAGAAGCCCAGUGCCAGCACAUGGGCUCAGUUAUUCUAGUUGGAACCCGAAUAACAACAUUUUAACCUAAGUGAAGCAAAUAGGUGUCUUGUUGGAGAACUCCACAGGUGCCAAGAGGUGAAGGGAUAAAGGAACUGCCAUACCUAAGUUUUCAAACUUUUGGGUUUGGGAAAGAGCUGCAUUUAUGGCAUAUCCUUGAUCAUGCCCAUCCAACCCUAGAGUCCCUUCAGAGAGAAGUCCCUUGGUCGAUAGGGCACAGCCACUGCGAUUGUGAUGUUAAUGGCUGUAGUUCGAUAACACUUGGAUAGGACAGGGAUCAUUUUAUCAUGGGACCAAACUCUCUGCUAAGGUAAAUUCUCCCUUGCCACUUACUUACAUCACUUUUUAGUAGGUUAGGAUCUGGCACGUGUUUUUUCCAGCAUGGUCCUUCCCACAUUAUAUUACAGCUAUCCCUUUAGAAUAGAUGCAGCUCAACCAUGUAAAUGCUAGACAUACAUUUGGUAACAAAAAGCUGUCCAUUAAUACCACAUGCUCCCUGACUGCUGGGAAAAUUUGGCAGGCUUAAAGCAAAGGCCAAUGGUCAUUCUUCUUAAUUAGAGAGGGAGAUCAGGAGAAAAAAAUAAUAUAAAAAUACAUUUCACCUUACACAUGAGAAAUAUUAUUCAAAAACCCGUCUGGGAUUUUUGUAUCGCCUUUGCUUUGCUUUGGCAUACAGGGUUAUCAUUAAAAUAAGAUGUUUGGCUCCUUCAUCUUACACCAUCUUGCACUACUUAAAAUGUAUGUAGAAAUAAUCCUAGAUCCUGAAAUCCCUACUCAUCCCCAGUGUCUUAUGCGUUUCUGAUCUUUGGUUCAUGUUUUAUGAAUAUAACUAUAGAAAUAUUUAUUUUAAGUUGUCUUUAGGUCUGUGAGAGAUUGAGUUUCAAAUUGCCGAUAGCCUCUUUUUAGGCUUCAAGGAAUAGUGUCUGAGUAUUUAAAUUGUUUUAAAAGAGGUUUCCAUGCUGGUUUUAAAUAUAUUCGUAUAUAGUUUAAAUGUAACCAUAUAUAUCUAUAUAUACAUAUGGUUUUGUGGAUAUAGUAACGGUUCAGGCUUGUUUGCUAGCAUCUGUCCCUUUUCUUGUGUAACCUCUGAAUUUCUGGGGGUAAGUGAAGGCAGAAUACAUGGCCUAAAAAUAGUUGAAACACCAUUGGGAAAAAAGAAAAAAAAAAAAAAAGAUAAAGAAUCAGACUAUUUCUAAUGUGAUAAACUGAGAGA